AUGUAUCCCGUCGGCCCUAGCCCGGAGUCAUCCAGGCAGACUAGUCCUGUCUCGAAGGAUUUCAAUCCCCGCAAGCGCGGACGAACAGCCUGCACACGCUGCAAGACGAGGAAACAGAAGUGCGACAACGAAUAUCCGACCUGCUCAAACUGUCGGAAAGCAGGGGUCACGUGUGACAAGUCGAGCGUGCGCGAAGAUGCAGACCGUCAUAACGAUUACACUCGUGCAUUAGAAGAACGAGUGGCAUUCCUCGAGGGCAAGUUGGUCCAGCCUGACCCAUCAUCCUCCAGCCACAAUGCAGCCCCAAACGUGCCAGCCUCUGUUUGGUCUCCACAAGGUGGUCAUACAACACCACAGACAACAACCUCUGGUCUCGAUAAUAACCCAGUAGGAGAAAUUGUUGGACUGCUUGCCCUGAGUUCAUCCGAGGCACCCGCCUAUGUGGGAUCAAGCUCCGGUCUAUCCCUGGCAGCCAAUUUGGGUGAAAUGGUCCAAACAAGCGUUUGGAACCAGUUCAUAUCACGAAUGCAACCCCAGCAAACUCCGGCAACAAAUAGCAACCCACAAAAUACUAGUAAUCGUGGGUUAAGUCCUGCGGCAACCCCUCCGGCUGGUGGCCCUCGGAUACGAGACCGAUGUAAAAGAGCAGACGAGCUUUUACCCGAACCACCAACCGAAGAAAUGGGAAAUAAAAUGCUCGAAACUUAUUUCAAAAGACUGCACUCUCGUUAUCCAUUUUUGGAUCGCAAGCAGAUAUGGACGCUCCACGAAGAACGUUGGCGGUUAGCAAAAACAAAACGUGGAGAUCUCACGAGGUCAGAUCGAUUUGCAAUCUUUAAACUAAAUCUGGUCUAUGCUAUUGGUGCGACGAUGCUUCAAUUGAGUGAGAAGUACAAAUAUGCAUACACUGCACCAGAGCGAUUUUAUACAUCUGCUCUGCAGUGUGUGCCCACAAUGUGCGAUGCCCGCUCUAUUGAGAAUAUCGAGGCAAUGGUCCUCCUUGUUGUAUAUCAUCUCCGCACCGCCUCUAGUCAUGGCAUGUGGUACAUGAUCGGGCUGGCGAUGCGCACAGCUAUUGACCUCGGUCUACACCGAAAGGCAAAUGAAAUUAACAUGGACCCAUUCACCACCCAGAUGCGAAGGAGACUAUUCUGGACAGUCUACUAUCUAGAAAGAGUGGUCUCAAUGUCUCUCGGACGUCCUUUUAGCAUCUCCGAUCGUCACAUCGACCUCGACCUGCCAAUAGACGUGGACGAUGACAUCCAAGAUCCCGCGCUCUUAACCGCAUCGCAAACCCCUCUCCUCCCUCCGCCUCAAAAUGGACCCCCCCUAUAUCUCGAGCUUGAAGAAUGGAAAGAGUCCGCUUUCCUCCGGUUUUCCGGAUCGGAUCUCGACUACCCCAUGCUUCACUACAAUCGCGCCGUUCGGCUCCUAAUCCAGCCGUUUCUUCCUCUUCUCCCGAUCACAGACCCAUACUACAAGAUCUGUCUCGAUGCCGCCGGCGAAAUCUGCCAGUCCCACAAGCGUCUCCACCAAACCUUGGAAUAUGGCCACUCAUUUCUCGCCGUGCAAACCGUUUUCAUGGCCGGUAUUACCCUCCUCUACGCAUUAUGGACACACACAGAACAAGUCUGGACCGUCCGCAUGAGCAACGACAUCCGCGCCUGUUCAACGGUACUUUUCGUCAUGGGCGAAAGAGCGGCUUGGGUAAAGAAAUACCGCGACGCGUUCGAGCUUCUCGUAAAUGCCGCCAUGGAAAAGCUGCAAGGAAACGAAACCGCUCGCAACGCAGGUAUGGCCGAGCUCAUGACAGCACAGCAUGGUGGCGCGUUUCUAAAUCCUGCUUUCCCCGGAAUGUCUAGCGGAGAAAGGCUCCCCGCGGAAAACCCGACCGGGUUGGCGCCAGAUACCGCUGGCUUUGGACCGCAGGUUUAUCCUGAUGACGAUAGUGACCACGCUGUUCGGAUGGCGUUACAACUUGCACCGUGGAUCGAUCAGAAUCAGAGCGAUCCGCUGUGGAUGCCGGACUUUGAGACGCUGGAGAGUUUGUCUGGGACGUUUUGGAACGGUGCUGAUUCUACUCUUUUUGAUGCAUUAUGA